UUACAGAUCUUAUAUUGCACUUUAAACACACCUAAAGUUAAUAUGGAAAAACUCUUAGGAUCACAUCUAGGCCUUGAAGAUUUCAUAUUUGCCCAUGUGAAAGGGAUCCAAAAAGAAGUGGAAGUAUAUAAAUCUGAGGAUUCACUUGGUCUCACUAUUACAGAUAAUGGUACUGGCUAUGCUUUUAUAAAGAGAAUUAAAGAUGGCAGCCUAAUUGACUCCAUUAAAACAAUCUGUGUGGGGGAUCAUAUUGAAUCCAUAAACGGAGAAAAUAUCGUUGGGUGGCGUCACUAUGAUAUUGCAAAAAAAUUAAAGGAAUUAAAAAAAGAUGAAUCCUUUACCUUGAAGUUAAUAGAACCCAAGAAGGCAUUUGAAAUAGGACCAAGGUCAAAGCCUGGAAAGUCAUCAACAGAAAAAAUUGGAACCGAAAGAGGGACACUUCGCCUGAGAUCAAAGGGUCCUGCCACCGUGGAAGAAAUGCCCUCUGAAAUAAAAACAAAAGCAAUUGAAAAGAUUGAUAAUCUUCUUGAAUUGUACAUGGGAAUCCAAGAUACUGAUUUAGCUACCACGAUGUUUGAGGCUGGAAAGGACAAGGUUAAUCCAGAUGAAUUUGCUGUGGCACUUGACGAAACUCUUGGAGACUUUGCAUUCCCCGACGAAUUUGUCUUUGAUGUUUGGGGAGCCAUCAGCGAUGCGAAACGAGAAUGAUUAUGACGUGGAUGAUCCAUCUCUGGAGAAAUGAACCGUUCUUCCUUUUUUAAAAAAAAUCCAUAAGAUUUGUUUUUAGACACUGUUACAGAUUGGUUUGGUAUUAUGUGUAUGGAAUACAUUCUUUGAAAUAUAAUUUUGGCUUCUGGGUCCCUUUUAAAUGCAGUUGCAGAUGUGGUAUGCUUGAGAUAAAUCACCUAAAUUAUGACCAAUUUUAAUACUCAUUUAAGGAUCUUUUUAAAGUAAGUUUUAGGGAAUAUUUCUAGAGAGAGAAGUUUUGCUCCUCACUAACACCCAUAUUUUCCUUUCCACAUAUAAGUAGCUGAUUGCAAUAGCUCUGUAGCUCAUUUUCAAAAUCUCAAUGCAGUGAAACUGGGAUUAGAGUAUGAUUUCCCUCCUCACAUCUUCAUUUUGUUAUACCAGCCUGAUAUGUUCAGGAAAUGAAGUUUGAAUUAUGCCUACUAUGGGUCUAGAAAGCAUUGUUUUUUCAAUCCACUAAGUAAGGAGAAGAGGAUUCCUAUAGCCUCUUGACAUCUAUGGCCUACUUUCUUUAAUCAUAGAACAAGGAUUCAUUGACUUUUAUUUUUUGCAUCUUUGUAAAUACUUCUAAAAAACUUGUUAAAAUCUAUUGUACUGUGUAUGUGUUUACUUGUGUGGAAGAAGGGUGGAAAGGUAGAUAGAGUAGAAACCUCUUAUAUUUGAUUUUUUUAAAGCAGUUCUUAGACAAUUAUUUCUCUUUUCACUGAUACCACUUUUAUGUUACCCUUUAUAAGCCCUCCAGGGAAGGUUUUUAUAGUCUUUGUAGAAAUUUUCUUUUGAAAGAUAUUUACUCAGAAAAUAACUAUGUUUGAGAACAUUUUUUUGGGGGGUGAAAGAGCAACGCUUUUAAGCCCCCUAAACUUUAGAGGAGAUACAAUCAGAAAUCGAUUUCCCUCAGUGGAAAUAAAGGACGAUGGGAGGAAUUGAGAAAAUAUGUUAGUUUAUUAUUUUAGAGUUCUAACAUACUUUCUCUAAAACCUUACAUUAUUGAGAAAAUUGAGGGCAAAUGACUGUCUUAUCUCUCUUUUUUUUUGACAUUUUAUGGAUGUAAGAGAAUGGAAAUGAAUGGUUUCAACAUAGAUCAUUUAAUAAGGCAGAGGAUGGUGUGACCAAGCAUUCUUCUAAAAUGUUAGAUGGAAAAUGCUGUGUGCUGCCAUGGUAAUCAGAAAUAAUAACCCGAGAGGGUUGUAUUCCAGGAAAUCAGAAGUAAUUCCCUUUUCAUGCUGAGUUAAUGCUUAGAUAACUGUUGUUUUCUGGUGCAACUUUACUUUUACUGACAUCACUCUUCUUUCACAUUAAGUUUAAUGCUUUGAAGCAGAUACUCUGUCUCAUUAAUCUGAGACCUGUACAGAAGCCCUGUUUUAGUCACUAAUGCGUAACUAGAGGAGUUUAUGGAACAUGGAUUGUAUUAACGGACUUGCCCAUCAUUUGAAAAUAGGACCUAGUUCAGGCUGUAAUUUGUUGUUACUUUUCUCAUGGAUUUCUUUUGGAGCUCUCCAAAUAUCUUUUUAAUUUUUUUUUUUAGUUUUUAAAAAAAUUCAAAAAUUUUAUUUUAAGAUAUCUAGUAAUUCUCAACAACACUUCUCUUAGAAGGACACACAAAGAAAGAGUUGAUAUUUUUAAAGAUGGGAAAGUCGAGGUCCAUAGGAGCACUUUAACUUAAACAAAAUUUCUUGGUACUAGAUGUUAGAUUUGAAAUGAUGAGUCACUGCUUAUUGUUGAUGGAUGUCUGUUUGUCCUUCCUUUUUGGACAUGCAGGGAGAUUGACACCGAUUCCCUGUGAUUUAUGGAAUCUCAUAUUCACAAAGUGAGUUGUGCUCACUGUGAUUUUUCUAGAAUUUUGAUGUGCAAGGUACCAAUGUCCAUGUAUAGCGGUGACUCGUUUGUUGAGUUAAUUGGUAGUUAUCAUCAUUUUAACUGGGCACAGGUACUUUAAUACAAUAGGUGUUUCCUUGAAAUGUCUUUAUCUCUCACUUCUAUUGCUAAGCUGUUGACAAGGAUAGUUUCUUUAUGUCAUCUUCUUCCCUAACCUGAAUGUAUAUUUGUGUGUGAACUUUGUACGUUUUGGUAACUCUCAGUGCACAAAAAGAUCAGAGUCUCAUUUUAGUGGUCACUGUCUACAGUGUGGGCUGCCCUUCUCCUACUGUGCUAAGACCAGUCUUUUUUCCUUUCAUUUAAAUGAAAUAGCGAUGCUAUUUCAUCGCUACCACUAAACUUUUCCAGAACACUUCUGUUGUUUUCUUUUGUUUAGUUUUCUCCUCCAGUGGAAGAUUAUUUUAUUCUUGAUUUUCUUCAUGCAAAACUGCAUCUCUCAGGAGCCACUAAGAUCACGCUGUAUUUUCUUUGUGGCAGUGGAUGCAGGUGGUGACCGAGUGUUGGGCUUGCUGGGGCCUUGAACACAGCUUGCUCCUGAUCAUGUACACAUUCUGAUGAUUACAAAUAGGUACAUUUUGGGUUUCUGUGAUGUUUCAAAAAAAAAAAGAAUUAUAUAAUUGUAAGAUGUGAAUCUCUUUUAAAAAGAAUUCCGUUAUAAAAGCAAUAAACAGUUAACCUCUAAUUGGGGCUGCUAUAUCCUAUAUUGUAAUGUGAACAGAUAAUGAGAGAUAAUUUUGCCAAAUGAUUAAUUUGCUGUAUUUCCCCCCAUAACUUUAAUAAAUAGAGAUUUUCCAAGUAAAGCACACCUUCUUUAGGUCUAUGUUAUUGCUAGACCUUCAUCAAGUCUAGAGAGAACCUUUCUGGUGUCCUUCAGUUAUCAUUGCCUAUCUGGCAUAGUAGCAAAAUGAAUUUCAUCUGCAAAUACAGUUUUCAAAAUAAUGGUUCUUCUCAAUAAGGCACAGUUAUCUGCCAAAGGUGUAAAAGAUCGAUCAUAUAAUGACCCUUUUCACCCUCUGAUAAAUCUAAAAAUAUAUGGAUAACAAUAACAUUGUUAUUAUUCUGGUGGAGGUGAUGAGUUAGAAGGACAGUCUUGUAUUUUCCUCAGGCUAUGAGUGAAUAAAGAGAUAAGAGGUGCUGUUCAGCUUUCAGCCCCAAGAAUUAGUGUUCUGUGUAAAACGUACAUUUAUUAUCUUCUUGACACAGAUUGAAAGGGACAUCAGAGUAAUUACAGGUCCUUAUACUAUCAUAUCAUGGUUAUAAAAUGUUUCUAAGAUUGUGAAGUGUACAAAUGGCACAGCCUGUCCCUAGUUAUUACCUGGAAACCCAGUUCUAAGAAAUGACUCAUGGCUAAUAUCUGCUGAGAGGGUAAAAAAUUGACAUGUUUUAUUUCAAUUUGAGACAUUAAGACUCUGUAAAACUUAAGUAUAGCCAUAGAUAUUUUUAAAUCAAUGACAAAGAGAAAUUAAAAAAGUUUUCUGAUAGUUUUAAAUAAACACUUUGUAUUGUGAACUGUUUGUGCUAUGCAAUGGUAUUGACUAUAUGCAGAUAAAAUAUUCUGUGUUUUUUGGGGAAAAAAACUUUUGUCUUUUGUAAAUCAGCAUAUACUUUAAAAUGUUUUUUGAGAUUGAAUUUUGGAAAUUUAUUAAUUUGUGAAAUUAUAACUUAUAUUUUAUUUAAAAUUUAUGUACUGUAUUUCUACUUAUAGAUGUACAAAUGUUUAUGUAUUGAUUAAAGAGUGAAUUAUUUUAAAGGUAUAAUUUAUAAUAUUUAAAAUAUCGCUUCUAAAAAUAAACUUUUCAUGAAA